AUGGAGGUAGAACCACCAGCAAAAUUAAACAAAUGCAAGAAAAUUACUUUCUUAAUCAAUAAUACCUAUGUUCUGAUCACCGGAUUUCUUUGGCUUGUGUAUGUAACCUACUUAGUAAUGUCUGAAAAUCUGGACGAGUUUCACUUAGUAGCAUCAGUCCCCAUUGGAUUUAUCAGCAUUCUUGUGAGCUUUUGCGGUAUUUUCAUUUAUCUCACAAAUAAAGCGAUCCCCUACUAUAUGUACUCAACGUUCCUCAUUCCCCUCAUCGUUUGGGAAAUAUUAUCCGCGAUAACUCUCGCUGCUGAUCACAAAACGUCCGGCGCUGUGCUCCUUGCUCUAGCUCCAAUCAAGAUAGUUGGUGUCAUCUUCGGAUUCCAGUUUGCCAAAGCCAUUGUUCAUCAAUUUUGUCUUCUUAAUCGAGGCCAACUGCCAUCGCAACGCACUUUUGAUGAAAAAUCAAACAAUUAG